CGCCACUCUCGAGCCCUCACAACAAACCGCCUCGCACUUAAUAGCCACACUUAAUUCCGACUUUUGUGGACUUUUGACAUCUUUUUCCCCGACACAUUUCCCUUCGUCUCGCCUUGGAGUUUAAACGUCUAUUUUGGCUUCCCUCUGACCAGCUGCUUCUCCUGCGACGUUUUUUUCCCCUUAUUUUAUAAAGUUUCCCCUGAACGCACCACGGCUGUAAAAAAUGUCUCUUUAGGAUUAUUUCUAUUUUAUCUUGUUGCUAAUGCAAGCGUGCCGUCCUGGUCCUCCAGAAUGACCCCAACUAUGGCGGCCAGCGGCGCUCCUUCACCACAGAGGACGAAGCCUGGAAGUCAUUCCUGGAGAACCCCCUGACUGCAGCCACCAAGGCCAUGAUGAGCAUUAACGGGGACGAGGACAGCGCCGCCGCUUUGGGUCUGCUCUAUGACUACUAUAAGGUGCCCCGGGAAAAAAGAACAAUAACCCAGGGCAAGCCAGAUGCGUUGGUCUCUGAUGUGGAUCCCAACAAAAGGCACCAGAUUCAGGCAGCACAUGGCAUCGCUCCUCUUCCAGAGACCAGCAUGGAGAACAGGAUUCAAGUCCUCAAGGGGCCCUUCAACAUUCUCCAGCUGGCCCAGGACAAGAGGAGUCAGUUCCCAUCUCCAGACACGACUGUCACCGUGUCCAUCGCCGCUCUGCAGAAUUACCCACACGUCAAGACCGAGGUGCCCAUCCACAGUUUGACUGUGCCCAACAGCUGCGCCGAAACCGACAACCACGUGGGCGUUUUCGACCGCCCGCAGCUGCCCCACAAUUCGGUGCAGUUCAGCCCCAGCACUCAGUCCCGCACGCCCCCAGACUCCACCUUCUCAGAGAGUUUCAAGGAUGGUUCCCAGGAGGUGUUUUCGUUUCCAGGUGAACUGCAGUUACGUAUGGGCUCCAUGACGCCUGAGGACUACAAUCAGUUUGACACGGUGCCGGGGAAUAAUUUCGAGUACACCCUUGAAGCAUCCAAGUCUCUGCGUCAGAAGACAGGCGACGGAACCAUGACGUAUCUGAACAAGGGACAGUUUUACCCCAUCACCCUGCGGGAGAUUGACAACAAAGGCCUGCAGCAACCAAUCACCAAAGUCAGGAGUGUGGUGAUGGUUGUAUUCGGAGAAGAGAAGUGCAGAGAAGACCAGCUGAAACACUGGAAGUACUGGCACUCAAGGCAACACACUGCCAAGCAGAGGUGUCUCGACAUCGCUGACUACAAGGAGAGCUUCAACACAAUCGGCAACAUUGAGGAGAUUUCCUACAACGCCAUCUCCUUCACCUGGGACACAAACGAAGAGGCCAAAAUCUUCAUCUCAGUCAACUGCCUGAGUACGGACUUCUCCUCUCAGAAGGGCGUGAAGGGCCUCCCCCUCAACCUGCAGAUCGACACAUACAGCUACAACAACCGCAGCAACAAGCCCAUCCACCGGGCCUUCUGCCAGAUCAAGGUGUUCUGCGACAAGGGGGCCGAGAGAAAGAUCCGAGACGAAGAGAGGAAGCAGUCCCGCAGGAAAGGCAAGGUGGCCGACCUCAACCCGGGCCUGUCCUUCGUGGAUGUCAAAGUGCCCAUCCUGCAGAAACGCAACGACGUGACCAUCUUCAAGAUGAUGAAUGAUCUCGAGACCCAGCCGGUGCUCUUCAUACCUGACAUUCACUUCUCUACCUUCCAGCGCCAUCCUUUCGCGGCAGAAGAUGGAGAAGACAGCUCUGGCAUGAAGAGGUUGCCCUUUAGCGAUGAUGAGUUCGGGUCACCGCCCAAUAAGAUGGCCAGGGCAGAAGAACCCAAGAAAGUCCUGUUGUACGUGCGCAAGGAGACGGAGGAGGUGUUCGACGCCGUCAUGUUGAAAAAUCCCACACUGAAAGGCCUGGUGGACGCUAUUUCAGAGAAGUACGACUUGCCUUUGGACAAGGUUGGAAAAGUCUACAAGAAGUGCAAGAAAGGGAUUCUGGUCCACAUGGAUGACAACAUCAUCAAGCACUACUCCAAUGAAGACACCUUCCAGAUCUCCAUGGAGGAGAUGGGCGGCAUGUACAAGCUCACCCUCACGGAAAUCUGAUUGGACGCAGCAGGAAGCGGAAGAAGAGGAGGAGGAGGAGGAUGAAGGGUUUACACUGUACAUUAAUGAUGGACUUGUAUCAUCUUACAAGGCAAAACAAAAAGAAGUGGUAUUUAACAAGCCAUAUAGCUCUUAAUGUGCCUCAUUGUUAAUUGAUUCCAAGGAAUGUGAGGAGAUUUUUUUUUUCCUCCUUGUUUCCUGUAUGUGUUUUGUACAAAGCUUCAGUGGUGCUGCUAUACCUCAUUCUCCUAUUGCAAAAAGCAGCAGUGUUUCUCAUUAUCCUGACAUAUUGUGAGGAGAAACAGCUCAUUUUAAUCAAGCCAUAGCACUGAUGAUUACAACCGGUUACGAUGAAUAGUUACUGUAUAGCUCGUAAAAUGAGCACAAGGUUAGUAAGGACGAAAGAAAAACCCUGAAUAUUCAAUGUAUUUAUCACAUAAUUAACAGGUAAAGAAAACAUGGCAGUAUUUAGCAUGUAAAAAUCAUCUUUGUACAAUUAGGAGAGAUGUUCAUGCAUGUUUUUUUAAGAGUAGGACACAUUGUUUGAGAGUGAAAUGGCUUCGAUUUCUGACCAAUUGAAAUAAUCUUUAGUAUUGUUAAAUAGAAGGCGAGAACGCAUCUUCCCUUGAGAACGAGUCUUGCGUAGGUAAAGUAGUUAAUGAAUUGGUCUAGUAAAGUCACCAUACUGUUCUGCAAGUGCAAUAUGACAUUUGGAUUCAGAAAAAAAAAAUACAGCAUGAAAAUAUUGUACAUAUCCUUUCAGAAACAUGCUUACAUCUUCGGAUCUUCUUUAUAUCGCAGUACUUACUUGUGUGUUUGUGUAUAUAUUUAUUACAAAGAGAAUGGUUGUGGGGUUUUUUUUUUUUUUGCUUUGUAUACUGUAUUCAGAUUUCUAUCAUGCCUGAUAUGUUUUUAUAUGGAUUUAUUAUUGCAUUGCGUGUCAAGGGAAAAGAGGUUUUUGUUUUUCAUUUUAAUGGAAGCGCUACUUUUUUUUUGUUGUUGUUGAACAGAUUUGAAUGCACAAUAGCGCUCAAUAAAAGCUCGCUUGUACUGCUGUC